UUAUUAUAUUAUAUUUUAUUUUAUUUUGUCAAUUGAAAAACCCUUUUAUAAAAGCCAAAAUGAAAACAGACAUGCUCUGCAAAAUCUGUUGCGUUGUUGUUUGCCUCUCUCUCUCUCCUCUUUCUCUCUCUUCUUUCUCUCUCUUCUUCGCCAUACCCCUCUUCUUCUUUAUGUGCGUGGUGGUGAUUGGAAAUUUGCAGAGAGAUAAUUUCGAGGAUUAUGUGAAGUAAGUAUUAUUUCAAUUUCAGAAAUGGCGCGUGUUGAUGUUCACGGCGAUAGUUGUAUUAGCCCCAGGGCGGUUGAAAUGCACGAGCCGAGUAUAGAUACGGAUAAAUUGAGCUAUGAGAUUUUCUCAAUUUUGGAGAGCAAGUUUUGGUUCGGCUACGAUGAUCAGAAGCUUUGGGUCCCGAAGCAGAUUUCUCCGGCGAUUUACGCCGCCGCCGACGAUGGCGGCGCCGCUCAGGCGAUGAAGAAUCAGAGGGGGAAAAUCUGUGUUCUGAGCAUAGACGGCGGCGGGGGGAUGAGGAGCAUCUUAUCCGGCAAGGCGCUGUCGUAUUUGGAGACGGCGCUGAAGAGCAAGUCGGGGGAUCCCGACGCCAGAGUAGCCGAUUACUUCGACGUGGCGGCCGGCACCGGCGUGGGUGGAAUUUUUACGGCGAUGCUCUUCGCCGCCGACGAUCGCAACCGCCCGAUUUUUCACGCCGACGACACGUGGAAGUUCCUCGCGGCGGAGGGGAAGAAGUUCUACCGUUCCGCGAAGGCGCGGAGUCCGAAGGUCGGUUUCUUCAAGCGUGUUUUCGGAAAAACCGGCGGCGGCGGCGGCGCAGCCGCCGCCGCCACGGCCGGCUUGGAGAAGUCGAUGAAGGAGGCGUUCAAGGAUGGGAGGACCGGGCGCAGCCUAACCCUAAAAAACACGCUGAAACCGGUUCUGAUCCCGUGCUACGAUUUGUCCAGUACGGCGCCGUUUCUGUUCUCUAGGGCAGACGCCUUGGAAACCGACAGCUACGAUUUCAAUCUCUGGGAGGUUUGCUUGGCAACCGCAGCCGAACCGGGCGUUUUCGACCCGAUCAGCAUGAAAUCGGUCGACGGGUCGACCCGGUGCGUGGGGGUGGACGGCGGGUUAGCGAUGAACAACCCGACCGCGGCCGCGAUAACGCACGUGCUGCACAACAAGCAGGAGUUUCCCUUCGUGAGAGGAGUCGAGGAUAUUAUGGUACUUUCAAUCGGCGCCGGCGGGCAGCUACUGGAAGGAAGCUUCGACUACGAGCAGGUGAAGAAAUGGCAACCCCAGGAUUGGGCUCGGAUCUCCGGCGAGAGCUCAUCGGAACUGGUCGACCACGCGGUGGCCAUGGCCUUCGGCCAGAACCGUAGCAGUAAUUACGUCCGUAUUCAGGCAAAUGGAUCCAGCUUAGGCAGGUGCGGGGCAAAUGUUGACUCGGACCCAAGUUCGAGCGACAUAAAAACGCUAAUUGGAAAAGCGGAUGAAAUGCUGAAACAGAAGAACGUCGAGUCUGUACUAUUUAGCGGCAAGAGAAUCGGAGAGCAGAGCAAUCUCGAGAAACUCGACUGGUUCGCCGAACAGCUUGUGCUCGAACAUCAGAGGAGGAGUUUCCGAAUAGCUCCCACUGUUGCAUUCAAGCAACCAACUCCAAAAACCGGAAAGUAAAUCGAAUUAAAGUCACCCCUUCAGAAAAAACGGUAAAGAUGUAUGAACUAGGAAAAAAAGAAAAAAAAAGGAAAGGGGAGAAAUCAAAGUGUGGAAGAAGUACUUAAUAUAAUAUAGUGGGGGGUGGGCUUUUACUUUAUAGUUUGAAAGGGGAGAUAGAUAUUUCAUAUUAGGACAAGUGUGAAAAGGAGUUUGAUCAACUGUAAAAAAGACAGAAAAAGUGGUGGAUCUUGGUGGAUUCUUUUGCCGGCCAGCCGCCAGGCACGGCGGCAGCCACUAUACUUAAUUCUGGUCAAACAAACUAUUAUAAUCCCCUUUUUUCACUUGUUACUCUCUCUUCUUUUUCUUUUUUCUUUUUUUUUUAAAUAUGGGGAAAGUGUGUUAAUUAGUGUAUCCUUAAAUUUCUUGGUUAGUGCCUAUUUUUUACUAUUUUUGUUUUUUUUUUGGGUGUUGUUUUGUUUGACUUCCCCACGGUAUAUCAUAUGUUUUUGGAUGGGAAAAUUAUUUGAAAAUGCAAUUUUAAUGGGGAAAUUUGCAUUGAUGACUCAUCAUUUUUAUGUUAAAGAAAUGCAACCUUUAGCUUUAUAUUCAUUCUUAUUCCAUAUUUUAGCAUGAAAUCAAGAAUAUUUUAUUCUAUUUUUGUGUGAUUUGUUUGUUCA